AGGAAGGAGUGGGUUUUCUUGCAGGUGGGAAGAGACUGCACGGAGGGUCAGAGAAGGUUGGUAACCUCCUCCCCUCUCUCCCUCUUCCCCGAAUCCCUCUCUCUCCGGUCCUGGUCCUUCCCUGCAGGUCCGGGGACACUCUGAGCCGUGAUGGCGCUCCGCCUUCCAGGCGGAGCCCUACUGUGGGCUGCCGGACUGGCCAGAGCUCCCUCCCAGCGCAGACCGUGGGGUGAGCGUGCCCCGCGGGGGGCUCCCGCAGCCCUUACAAGGAGUUUGGCGGCUCUCGGGGCGGCCCCGCCCGCAGUCCUCCUCGGGCUCCUCCUCCCGCCCCGCUGGGCGGGGCCGUGGGAACGCAGCCGGCUCCGCUCUAGACGCCGGGCCGGCGCGCGGACAUCGACGGGCGCGAGCCCUCGAGUGUGAAAGGAGCCCGCGGCUCGCUCCCCAGGGCCCCAACAGGCGGGCACGUGGCUCGGGGCCCUUCGGCAGAGCACCGCGUUCUUCUCAGCGUCGCCAUGUCCUCGGUAUUCGGGAAACCCCGCGUGGGUAGCGGAUCGCAGAGCGCGCCCCUCGAGGUCAACCUGGCCAUCCUGGGACGUCGCGGGGCGGGCAAGUCUGCUCUGACCGUGAAGUUUCUGACCAGGAGGUUUAUCAGCGAAUAUGACCCCAACUUGGAGGACACCUACAGCUCCGAGGAGACAGUGGACCACCAGCCUGUCCACCUGAGGGUCAUGGAUACUGCAGACCCGGACACCCCCAGGAACUGUGAGCGCUACCUGAACUGGGCCCACGCCUUCCUGGUGGUGUACAGCGUGGACAGCCGCCAGAGUUUCGAGGACAGCGGCAGCUACCUGGAGCUGCUUGCUUUGCACGCCAAGGAGACACAGCGCAGCUCCCCUGCCCUCCUGCUGGGCAACAAGCUGGACAUGGCCCAGUACAGGCAGGUCACCAAGGCAGAGGGCGCAGCUUUGGCGGGCAAGUUCGGGUGCCUGUUUUUUGAGGUCUCUGCCUGCCUAGACUUUGAGCAUGUGCAGCAUGUCUUCCACGAGGCCGUGCGGGAGGCACGGCGGGAACUGGAGAAGAAUUCCCUGCCCCGGCCCCUCUUCAUCUCCGAGGAGAGGGCCCUGCCCCACCAGGCUCCGCUCACCGCCCGGCAUGGGCUGGCCAGCUGUACCUUCAACACACUUUCCACCGUCAGUCUGAAGGAGAUGCCUGCCGUGGCCCAAGCCAAGCUGGUUACUGUGAAGUCAUCCCGGGCCCAGAGCAAGCGCAAGGCACCCACCCUGACCCUGUUGAAGGGCUUCAAGAUCUUCUGAGGGCACCCCUACGGAUCCCAGACUUAGCGGCUGGGCAGGGCUGCAGGACAGGGGCUGGCUUCUCACCACUGGCUUUCCCUCUGAUGGAAUAGUAGCCCUCACCCUCUGGCUGACGGUUGAUCUCUCUUCCAGCACCAAGUAAUGUCCCUGACACCCAGUUUACUGUGUGAGCUGGAGGGACAGGCAGGAAUGCUGCUCUUAGUCCCUCCAGGCCUUGGGUUCCAUGGUAACCACUAUGUUCCCUGACCCUGAAGGGAAGUAGCACUGAGAUGACGCAGAGACCUGGGGUCAGGCCAAAGUGGAAGAAAUUGCAGUGUCCAUCAGUGGUGCCAUCACUCCUUCCUGCUCCAGCGACAGCCAGGCCAGCUGUGGUCCCUAAUGGACAGCUCUGGAUGGAUGGUCAGCACCAGGAGGUCCUGCACAAAAGUAGGCCUGAGAACAUUCUGCAGGAGCAGCCUUGACGUCCUAGCACCACCUAGUGGAUGGGAAAGGCACAGCGGCUACAGGUUUUGGGGGGCCUGAGCCUGACUCUCUAGUUGUCUUGUGACUUCACAGAAGCCUCAGGCAACAAACCCCACAGUUCAUCCAAGUAAAAUCUAGUUUAAAUAAUCCUGUGGGACAGCCUGUGAGAAGCAAACUUCUCAGGAAGGACUGUUUCUAGUACUUUGCCUCCCAGUGAGGAAAGAAGGCUGGGGGCUCUGGGUUGCCCAGGGUACUGAGCAUCCAGUGUUGUAGUGGCCAGGAAGCAGGGCCCCCAUGUUUCCUCAUCCAGGAUCCAGACAGAGAGCCUGUAACUGGCAGUAUCAGACAUCCGAUGGGCACUGUGAGCCUGUCCCAGGCUCCUAGGCAGAAACACAGUAGAGCGGUUUGUAGUCUGGUCCAGCAGGGGCAAUGGGUCUGAAUGUUCAAAGUCCACUUUUGAAAGAUAGAACCUAAGGCAUUUUUGGUUCAUGAA